CGUAUGAAGGCCACUUUACAAAUGUAUGUAAAGAAAAAAAAAUAUGUGACUAUUUGAAGAACAUAUUGAUUUAUAUAUGUAUAAAUGUAUAUGUGCAUAUGUUAGUGAGGUCGAAAAUGAUGCAGUAUUUCGUACUAAAAAUGUAACACAACUAGAAGAAGAAGAAGAAGCAGAUAUGGACACACAUGUAGAAAAGACGUCAGAAUUAAGAAAAAGACAUAUUGACAAGGAAGAUGAUACAUCAGACGAAUGGGUUAAAGUAGAAAAAAUAAAAAAGAAUAAACCAAAAAAGAAUAAAGGAGAUCCAUUACACUGGUUUGGAUUCUUAGUUUCAUCUUCUUUACGUACUUCACAAGAGCAUUUUAAAUAUGGUAGAUAAAAAAAAAAAAGUUGAUAUACAGUGACUUGUUCUAAUUUAUGUAAAAUAGCUACGGAACAACUUGUUCAACAAAUAAAUAGGAUAAAUGAAUUGAAAGCAUUAGCAGAUAGAUAUCAAGAAUUAAAAGAAGAAAAACUAUUAGUCAAAUUAGAAGAAAUAUCAUUAAAAGAAAAAGAUAUAUAAAAAAAAAUCAUAGUUUGUUUUAUUCAUAAAUAAAGU